AUGGCUGAUGCCACAGCAGUCCUAGAAAGUCGUCAGGAGCGCCCCCUGCUGUCUGCUCAGCAGGAAAGGUCUGCUCUGACCUUUCUGAUCCAGAGCCUCAGUGUUGCAGCCUCUGGGGGGUACGCUGCUACAGAGUCACAGUCCAGCUUUAUCCCCUUCCACAAGAGGAACGAGGCCCCUGUUCCUCCGUGGACUUCUCCUCAUCAGGUGACGACUCACCGACCAGACAGGCUCUGCCACCGUGCCGGCGGAAAUUAUCGUCUACUCUGGAUUUACAGACGCCGGAAACAGCGACGGACCCUGAGGUUCAUCACACUGCUGAGCCGAGUAAUCACUGGAAACCGUGUGGAACGAAGGGUUUGGAUGAGAGAGCGGAGCGAACACUGGUGGCUUUAUAUAGUACGAGAGACAUUCAACCCUCAGCAAUGGAUCGAAAACUUCAGAAUGAGCUACAGAACCUUCAAAUGGCUUUGUGAGUCGCUCAGGCCUCAUGUCUCCAAGGCAGAAACGAAGAUGCGACAGCCUAUUCCUGUGGAGCAGAAAGUUGGUGCUGUCUUGUGGUUUCUUGGAACCACAUCAGAUUAUCGGACCAUUGCUCACCUUUUCGGAAUAUCCAGAGCCUCACUGUGCAUGUUUGUCAAGGAUGUUUGUGAAGCAAUAUUUUUUCAUCUGACACCACAGUUCAUAAAGCUCCCCACUGAUAUAGAGGCUAGAAAUAUGAUGGAGUCAUUUAAAGAAAAAUGGGGAUAUCCGACUUGCAUAGGUGCUAUUGAUGGCUCACACAUACCCAUUGUCGCCCCCAAGGAGAGCCGAGUUGAUUAUUUUAAUAGAAAGGGCUGGUAUAGCAUUAAUAUGCAAGCGCUUGUAGAUGACAGGUAUAUGUUUAGAGAUCUCUGUAUUGGAUGGCCAGGAAGCACUCAUGAUGCUCGUGUUUUAGUCAACUCCCGUCUAUACCAGAUUUGGGAAAAUGGUGUUUUCCCCCAUCUUCAAACAGAAAUUGAUGGUGUGAUGGUGCCUCCCGUUAUACUUGGCGAUCCAGCAUACCCUCUCUUACCCUGGCUGAUGAAGCCUUAUCCAGAAAAUGCAGGGACAACAGAAGCCCAAAAAAAAUACAACCACAUCCAUAGCCGUAACAGGAUGUUGGUAGAGAACGCUUUUGGGCGGCUAAAAGGGAGAUGGAGAAGGCUUUUGAAACGAGUUGACAACAAGACAUCAAAUGUUCCAAAUGUCAUCGCUGCUUGCUGUACCCUACACAAUAUCUGUGAGAUGCAAGGAGAGGAUUUCCUUGAUCAGUGGGCCAAUGAGGCAAAUCAGCCACCUAGGAAGAAUUUGGUUGAUGGAGAUAACAAUCCUGAUAUUAACAAUGCCCACAAUAUAAGAAAUGCUCUCUGCCGUUACUUUGCAGAGCAAAAUUAG